AUGGAUCAGCAGCGGAAGGGCAGUCUCAGGUCGUAUGGGUCCAACGCCUCGCCCAGGUCCAAGUCGGGGUCCUUCGACUUCGACCACGACCAGGACAAGGAGCGCGGCAGCCAGCACAACGACGGCAAUCGCCGGGAGGUCGUCGUCAAGAUCGACGCCGAGCCGCAGUCGCCGGUCUCCCUCCAUGCAGCCGGCGGCGCGUCCGGGCACAACUCCGCGGUCAGCACGCCGCGGGCCGGUGCCGCGGUCAGCAUGCUCGGGUCCGCGUCGGGGUCGAGCGCGUCGACCUCGCCCAACGUCGGUGGCGACACGGGCCGCUCCGGCGACUCGUUCAGCUUCAAGAACCGCCCGCCGCAGUCGCCCGGGGAGUCCAGCGAAGACCCGCCCAGCCGCCUCAUCGGCAGCUUCCUCCGGAAGCAAGCGGCGGCCGGCGGUGAGGUGUCGAUCGAUCCCGACUUCGACGUGGAUGAGAUGAGGAGGCCGCCGCGCGCGCCGACGUCCGUCAGCGCCUCCAGGGAGCUGCGCGUCUCAUUCCAAAACCCCCACAAACGGUUCUCCCCGUCGACGUCGUCGGCGUCAUCCUCCUCCUACGACGGCGUCGACAACCGGAACCAGAGUGGCACAGACGCGGACGCCGCCGAGGUGCUACGCUGCACGUCGACGUCCACCGCCUCCCUGCUGGCGCGCAGCAAGACGCGCUCCCGGCUAAUGGAUCCCCCGCCGCCGUCGAGCGCUCCCGCCGGCGAGCCGGAUCCCCGCAAGUCGUUUGUCUCCAAGGGGCUGCCGCCCAAGUCCGGGCAGCUCCGGUCGGGUCUCAUCGGCAAGUCGGGGCUCAUUGGCAAGUCAGGCGGCUUCGACGACGAGGACGACGACCCGUUCGUCGACGAGGGCAUGACCUCAGACUUCAAGCGCGACACGAUGGAUUGCCUUCUCAUCAUGGAGUGGGUCAGCCUGGUGGUCAUCGUGGCCGCGCUGAUCUGCAGCAUCACCAUACCCAGCCUGUCCAGGAAGAAGCUCUCGGGGCUCCACCUCUGGAAAUGGGAGCUCCUAGUGUUCGUACUCAUCUGCGGCCGCCUCGUCUCCGGCUGGGUCAUCCGCAUCGCCGUCUUCUUCGUCGAGCGCAACUUCCUGCUGCGGAAGAAGGUGCUCUACUUCGUCUACGGCGUGCGCCGGGCCGUGCGGAACGUGCUCUGGCUGGGCAUCGCGCUCGUGUCCUGGCACCUGCUCUUCGACAAGGACGCCAAGCGGGAGCCGCGCACGCUGGUGCUGCCCUACGUCACCAAGGUGCUGUGCUGCCUGCUCGUCGCCACCGUCAUCCGCCUCGUGAAGACGCUGCUGCUCAAGGUGCUCGCAUCCUCCUUCCACGUCUCCACCUACUUCGACAGGAUCCAGGAGGCGCUCUUCAACCAGUACGUCAUCGAGACCCUUUCCGGCCCGCCGCUGGUGGACGAGAGCCGCAUGAUGGCCGAGGUGCAGAGGCUCCAGAGCGCGGGGGCAUCCAUCCCCAGCGAGCUCGAAGCGACAGCCAUGCCGAGCAAGUCCGCGCCCGCGCCCAAGAGCGGGCGCCUCACGACGGCCGCGUCCAAGCGAGGGACCAGCAAGCAGCUGCAGAGGCAGAAAACCGAGCGGCAUCUGGACGAUAGCAUCCCGAUCGACCAGCUUCACCGGCUCAGCCAGAAGAACAUCUCCGCGUGGAGCAUGAAGAGGCUCAUGAAGAUCGUCCGGUACGGGGCGCUGACAACGAUGGACGAGCAGCUCAAGCAUGCGGGCGAGGACGAGCUGGCCACGGAGAUACACAGCGAGUAUGAGGCAAAGGUUGCGGCCAAGAGGAUCUUCCAGAACGUCGCCAAGCCUGGAUCCAAGCACAUAUACCUGUCAGAUCUGAUGCGAUUCAUGAGGCAGGAGGAAGCUUUGAAAGCCAUGGAUCUUUUUGAAGGAGCGCAGGAGCAAAACAGGGUCAGCAAGAGGUCGCUCAAGAACUGGGUGGUAAACGCGUUCAGAGAGCGCAAGGCACUUGCCCUGACGCUCAACGACACGAAGACCGCGGUGAACAAGCUCCACCAGAUGGCCAAUGUCGUGGUCGCGUUGAUCGUGCUUGCUCUCUGGCUUCUCAUCCUAGGGAUCGCAACGUCAAAGUUCUUCGUCCUGCUCAGCUCGCAGCUCCUCGUGGCCGUCUUCAUGUUCGGGAACACUCUCAGGACCAUCUUCGAGGCGAUCGUGUUCCUGUUCGUGAUGCACCCUUUCGAUGUCGGCGAUCGGUGCGAGGUUGAUGGAAUGCAGGUGGUUGUGGAGGAGAUGAACAUCAUGACGACGAUCUUCCUCCGAUACGACAAUCUCAAGGUGUACUAUCCAAACAGUCAGCUGGCCCAGUUACCGAUCAUGAAUUACUACAGGAGCCCUGACAUGGGAGACGCCGUCGACUUCACUGUUCAUGUCGCAACACCAGUGGAGAAACUGACCCUCAUGAAGGAGAGACUAAUGCAUUACCUUGACAACAAGAAGGAGCAUUGGUACCCCGGCUCGAUGGUCGUCCUGCGCGACGUGGACGACACCAACAAGCUGAAGGUCUCCAUCUGGUGCCGCCACACGAUCAACUUCCACGACAUGGGGAUGAGGUUCGAGCGGAGAGAGCUCCUGCUGCAGGAGAUGAUCAAGAUACUGAGGGACCUCGAGAUCGAGUACCGGAUGCUGCCGCUCGACAUCAACGUCCGGAACGCGCCCACCAUCCAGUCCGCGAGGAUGCCGUCGACAUGGACGUUUAGCUAUUGAGAUCUUGAUGGGUGCCUUCAGCCUUGUUAUGAGACUGUGCUCUGAAGUUUGCUAGAGAGGGCUAGAGUAAGUUUUCCUGAAUCCUGAGUCGAGUGUUCCCUUGAGUACGUGCUUUGAGCUGUGACAGCCUGCUGACGAGAGGCAACAUGUCAUGCUGUCCUUGCAGCCAUCACUAGUGUUUUCUUGUAGUUAUUGUGUUGUUGCUCCGUAAUUUUGUGUCUAUGUUGGUAAGUAAACAUCUUGUGCUACAGAAUAAA